AUGCGCAGAUCUAGCACCGAUGAAUCAACUUACCAUAGGAGCCCUUCUGUGGACAGCAAGGAUUACAGUUUUCCCAAUGGCGCCUUCCGUCGCUACAGCAGCAUGUACGGCGGCCAAUUUGGAGCCGCAAGUAACUCUUUUUUUGGAUUCCAUACCAACCCGGGUCCUAAGGCCACCAAGGCUAAGUACACCUCCCCCAAGGGGAACAAGUAUGUGGUCUUUUACUUGGAUCUCUCCUUUAUUUUUCUUCUAGAACUGAAGAGGUGCAGCAUGGCUCACAACUGCCUGCAGUGCAUUAAGUACCUCAUGUUUGUCUUCAACUUGCUCUUCUGGCUGGGAGGCUGUGGUAUCCUUGGAGUUGGCAUAUGGCUAGCCGUUACUCAAGGAAACUUCGCUACCCUCUCUUCUUCCUUCCCUUCUCUGUCAGCUGCCAACCUGCUGAUCAUUACAGGGACUUUUGUGAUGAUCAUUGGCUUUGUGGGAUGCAUAGGAGCCAUCAAAGAAAACAAGUGCCUCCUACUCAGUUUUUUUAUCAUGCUGUUAAUUAUAUUUGUGCUGGAGCUCACGGUGGUGAUUCUCUUCUUCGUCUACACCGACAAGAUCGAUAAGUAUGCUCAGCGGGACUUGAAGAGAGGGCUUCAUUUGUACGGAACUGAUGGAAAUAUCGGUUUAACUAAUGCAUGGAGCAUCAUACAAACAGAUUUCAGAUGCUGUGGUGUCUCCAACUAUACUGACUGGUUUGAAGUGUACAAUACCACACGGGUGCCAGAUUCAUGCUGCUUGGAAUUUAGUGAAAACUGUGGACUUCAUUCCCCAGGGACCUGGUGGAAAGCUCCUUGCUACGAAACAGUGAAAUUAUGGCUUCAGGAGAACCUGUUAGCAGUCGGAAUUUUUGGAUUGUGCACAGCAUUGGUUCAGAUUCUUGGACUGACAUUUGCAAUGACCAUGUAUUGUCAGGUUGUCAAGGCAGACACCUACUGUGCAUAAAAAUCAUCUUCAGGGUCCAUCAGCCACCUCUCCACAAGAUGAAAGAGAGGACCCUCCAUCCUGUUGUCAUAUUUUUUCUAUGUAAAAUAAACUGUAUACUCCUCUAUGGAAAAAUUGUGGAUCACCCUAGUUUUGUCACACCACUCAAACGGUAUCAUCAUCGUGGAACUCAGACUUGCUCCGACAAAAUAAAUUCUUCUCUCUCAAUGGCAAGAAAGGAGCGGCUCUCUGUUGCACAGACUGUGGUUUAGUUCGAGGCGGAGUUUAGUCUCUGCAGGCUGUUGACAAAUAGAAAUGUUCCCAUCUAGCCCUAUUUCAUCAGUCCUCAAAGUACAGGGAGCCCCUUUUCAUGACGGUAGAGAGGAUGUGGAGCAGCCAUUUGUUAGCAUUUGGUUUUAGCCAGCUUAGCAACCUCAGCCCAGGGGCCUGCUUUGGACUCUCAGAGUUGUGUCACGGAAUGAGAGGUCUUUGGGGAAAGUGUGAAAAAAGGGUUUCAGAUGUCGAGUCAAAUCUGGCUGUAAACAGAACUGGAAUUCUUACUCUUUAAAUCAGUGUAAUGACGUUCAAGUACUAAUUGUCUGAAUAUAUCCCUAUAGAUGCACACCGACAAUUCUAGCAGCUGCCUACAGAGCACAUCAGCCUUCUCUUCCUUUGUAUUCCACGGGACCAUGGAGUCAAAUGGAAAGAUUUCCUAGGGAAGAAACUUAGGCCACUGAGAAACAAGCAAUUGCAUCAAACAGAUUUAUUCUUCAGUGGAUAUGUAUUCUGUCACUGUCCUCUGGAUUUUCUUUUAAGUGUCAUUCCAGUUUUGGUGUUCCAAUAUGUCCUUUUUUUUCUGUUGUUGGCCCCUUUGUCUCUUUGCCUUUUCCUUAAUUUGCUUUGUCAUAUUUUCACCUUUAAAUAGGAUAGAUUUACUUGGGGGAGUGGGGGGACCAUGCUGUAAACAUGCUUUGUUAGCUGCUUUUUAAAGAAACAAAUUAUUCCAAGAAGGAAUUGGGAGGUUUGAAGAAGUUCCCCAAUAACCAAAAAGGUUUUAAACAAACAUUCAUUUCCUUUUUUCCUUUUCCUUUUCUCUGCAUUAAUAUACACAUACAAGAACAUGCAGAUAAAGUUUUUCAAGCACAUUCCCAUCACUGCUUGCAGCCAUAGGCUAGUGAAAGGCUAGCAUAGCUUAUCUGCUCUCCGUCUCAACAAUGAAGACUUAGAUCAAAGUGCUUGAUGGGUAAGCUGUAUCUCUCUUGCUUCAAUAAAUCAUAUAUCAAUAAAAUGAGUGGAUUAUCAUUGUAGGUGAGCACUAAUAUGUGCGUUAAUACCUGCAUGCUGACAGAAGAUUGACCAGACUUAGAAUGCAUAGUCGUAAGCCAGUAUUUUUUUUUAAAAAAAUGAUAUACCACUAACUGUGGCUAUCAUAAUUGGAAUUGUUCUUGAUCAUGAAAAUAACAUUCAUGAUCAACAUGCAAGUAGAAUUUAAGGUCAGUGUGUAUACAUUGUUAGUCCACUCAGAGGCCAUCUAAAGACAGUUCCCUUCUCUUCAGUUCUGCUUUUUAAAAAAAAAAAAAAAAAGCAAAGGGACAUUAAUUCAGCACUUUCCUUGCUUUCCAUCUUUUAGGUACAGAAGAUUGUUGUUUAUUUUUCCAGUAAUGGAAGCUAAUGGGCCAAGUUGGUGCAGUGGUUAAAGCACCAGGCUAGAAACCAGAAGGCAGAAAAUUCUAAUCCUGCGCCUUAGAAGCAAAGCCAGCUGACUUUGGGCCGUUACUCUGUCUCAGACUGAGGAAGUAGGACAUGGCAAACUACUUCUGAAUUUUUGUGAAGAAACCUGCAGGGACUUGUCUAUGCAGCCACCAGGAGUAAAAACUAAAGUACCCCCCCCCCAAAAGGAAGACAGGAAGUUAUUUUCCCUUUAAUAUUCAUAGCUCUUUGAAGUAUAUAAGAAUGAAAGUUUACAACUGCAAAAAGAGUCAACCCUAUAAAAUCAGGGCCAACCAUAUCAGUAAAACCCAACACCCUUAUCUAAGAUCUCCCUCUGUAAAAUUAAAAUUUCAUGAUUCCAUGCAAUGUGUGCAGAUGUGGGGGCAAUCUUACAUCUGAUACAUAUGCUUGAUUGAAGACAAAGCACCCAAUUUAGGGUACAGUAUUAUCCAUUUAUAAACUGUACAAAUAGCUUCAAUACAAACAUUUAAUAUGCAAAGAAAACUAUGAAAUGUGAUUAUAUCUUGACUACGAUAGGAAAUCUAGAACAUUGUAAUCAUUUUCUGUAAAGAAGCAAUACCUCAGGGCUGUAAUUCAAGAAAGAAGAGUAGAGGUUAGGAUCUGAACCAUAGACCAACUGGUGCCCGUGUUCUACAGAAGUGCUCCCCAACCUGUUUGGCACCAGAGGCUGGUUUCAUGGAAGACAAUUUUCCAUGGACCGAGGGAUUGGGGGGGGGAGGAGCAUGUAACCUAGACCCCAAGCAUGUCCAGUUUCGCUCGUCCACCACUCACUUCCAUUUGUGCUGUUUGGUGCCUACAGGCCAUGGAUCAGUACUGGUUUGUGGGUCGGGGAUUGGGGACCCCUGCUAUAGAGCAGUGUUCCUCAACCUUGGAACUUCAAGAUGUGUGGACUUCGACAUCCAGAAUUUGCCAGCCAGCUUAGUUGGCUGAGGAAUUCUGGGAGCUGAAGUCUACCCAUGAGUGAAGAGUUGAAGAGUCCAACAGUAGCCAGUCAUAGCAAUGUGUAGAAAUUCCUAUUCCACCCUGCAGUUGACUCUUUUGAGUCCUCUUGUCCUGUUAAAUGUACACACAAUGGACAAGUUUGACUUUAAGCAAUAAUGUACAUGUUAUUUUCCAACUAUUCUGUGGUUUUGAUUCUUUCCCCUAUACAAGAACAAAGAAUGACUUUGAAAUUCCAUUGCUGUUAGUUGUCAUUGCUCAUUACUUUUGACUGUUUUACUAGCACACCUACUGACAGCUUUUAGAUUGCCAUCUCUAUGAUCUCCGUUAUCAUAAAAUAAGGCUAUACAAAUAAAACAUAGGUUCUAACGGUAAAAUAUGACUUCUAAAAAUAUUAAAGUACUCCUGAAGAUCCCCUUUACACAAAUAAAAGAGGUGACUCAGCAGAAUUACUCACAGAAAUUAAGUCACAGAAGUGAGCAGGAAUCUCAGCAGGGAAUAGGUAGGCAUUAAUCAUUUCUUAAUACUGAUUGAAAAAGAAAGAAACUAAUAGUUUCUCAAUAGUUCAACAAUAACCUCAAAGGCUUCCUGAAUUUUACAGAACAAACAGUAACAAAUGUUUCAUAGCUUGGAAAUCGAGAUCAAUAGCCUUGUUAUUGUGUGUAUGAUGGCCAUUCAUUGCAAAGAUGGACGGCUUGCUGUUUCCUUCAACAUCACAAGAUAGGUUCCACACUUGUUGGAUCUUUGUGUUUAGAGGGCCAAGAUAAUUCUAAGCUGGGGGUUUUAUUUUCAGUGCCCAAACUGAACCAGCUAGUAAUGUUUUCAUAUUUAACCUUAUUAGGUAUUAAGUUUAUAAGCUGCUUUAAUAACUAAUGAUAUGUGAAAGGCCACUCUUCGAUUUCUAAGACUUUAUUUCAGGAGAUUAAUUUUAAUGGAAAGACUACUUUCUUGCUGUUGUUAAAUAAUUGGAACCUCUUUUCAGGAUACUGUACGCCACUUAAAUAUCUAGCAUCAGAUUCCAAUCUCCCUUCUGCAUGCUGGCAAUAUAAACAAUUCAACACCUAUUGAGUAACGCUAACCUAAAAAACACCAUCAUGUUAGUAACUUUAAGUAUCUUCAUAGGAAGCCUAAAUCACCAUCACACUAUCCAGAAAGGAUGGUGUUCUUGGUUCACAGGACAUUGUCAUGAGAAAAGGCAGGUGCUGAAAAUCCAAGGAACAUAGUGGUAUAAUGAAAUACUUAGACUUUUUUUUUUUUAAGAA